ACCUCACUAUGCUCAUAAAUUACACUUCCCCUGAUCUUCUUUCUCCUCCCAUCUCACAUAUAAAUUCAAAAUCUUCAUAUCUCUUCUUCUUCCUCCAUUACAUGGACCCAUACAUGGACGAAAAGUGGAAGCUUUCGAAGAACAAAAGCAGCAGAAACAGCUCCGUCAGGCGUGAGUCCUCCUCCACUGCAGCCGCCGCCGCCACCACAUCCUCCUCCGGCGACGGCAGCUCCGCAUAUCUGAAGAGAUCCUCGAGCAUGCCGGCGGCGAGAGCGGCGAACACAGGUCCGUCUUCGUUCACUAGCAGGUGCACCAACGUGGUGAAGGAGCAAAGAUCCCGUUUUUACAUUAUGAAAAGAUGCGUUACAAUGCUAAUUUGCUGGCGGGAUUACCCCUAGAUUCUCAGAAUAAUUUCAUGUGAGUUCAGUUAUAUGUGCGCGGUUAUAUGUGUUUGAUCCUAUGUGUAUUAUUGUGUAUUUUUAUGUAUUAUUAUUACAUAAAAUAUUCUUCAUGAGAAUUACACGGUAAUACAUCUUAA